UUAAAAGUAGCAGGCAUGUUUUGUUUGUUUCAUUCUCUUUGUGUGUCUUUCGUUCACAGGAAUGGUCUUGGCCCGUCUAAGGAGGGGGAGGCGCAGUACUCCGUUGUGCACUGUACCGGCUACAUCAAGGCCUGGCCGCCAGCGGGCAUGACCAUUCCGGAUGAAGACACGGAAGCAGGUCAAACCAGCAAAUACUGCUUGGUUGCGAUUGGAAGAUUGCAGGUGACCAGUUCUCCGGUUUCCAUGGAUAUGAACGGACUCUCUGUGCCAACAGAGUUCCUUUCCCGCCACAACUCAGAUGGCAUCAUCACUUUCGUGGACCCUCGUUGCAUCAACGUGAUUGGCUACCAGCCUCAGGAUCUUCUUGGCAAAGACAUUUUGGAGUUCUGUCACCCGGAGGACCAGAGCCACCUGCGAGAGAGCUUCCAACAGGUGGUCAAGCUGAAAGGCCAGGUUCUCUCGGUCAUGUACCGCUUCCGGAUGAAGAACCGAGAGUGGAUGCUCAUCAGAACCAGCAGCUUCACCUUCCAGAACCCUUAUUCAGACGAGAUCGAGUACAUCAUCUGCACCAACACCAAUGUCAAGCAGCUUCAGCAGCAACAGCAGGCCGAGCUGGAGGUGCACCAGAGAGACGGACUGACUGCUUAUGACCUGUCUCAGGUGCCGGUCGCCAGCGUCCCAGCCGGCGUUCACGAGGCGGGAAAGACCAUCGACAAAACCGAUUCUCUGUUCUCGCAGGAAAGAGACCCGCGCUUCAGCGACAUGUACACGGGCAUCUCUGGAUCUGAUAAGAAGAUGAUGGUGCCGUCCUCCACUGCUGGCGGACAGCAGUUAUACUCUCAAGGCAGCCCGUUCCAGCCCGGACACUCCGGAAAGAGCUUCAGCUCGUCUGUGAUCCACGUCCCGGGAGUCAAUGACAUCCAGUCCACAGCCGGUUCAGCCGGACAGAACCUGACUCAGAUCUCCCGACAGAUCAACGCCGGCCAGGUGUCCUGGACCGGAAGCCGACCUCCCUUCUCCGGCCAGCAGCAGAUUCCCGCUCAGUCCAGUAAGGCCCAGUCGUCACCGUUCGGCAUCGGCUCCAGUCACAGCUACCAGGCCGACCCGUCCUCGUACAGCCCUCUGUCCAGCCCCGCCACCUCCUCGCCCUCUGGAAACGCCUACUCCAACCUGGCCAACCGCAGCACUGCUUUCGAUGUGUCGGGCGAGAGCAGCCAGAGCGGAGGGCAGUUCCAGGGCCGGCCGUCCGAGGUCUGGUCUCAGUGGCAGAGUCAGCAUCACGGUCAACAGGGAGGAGACCCUCAUCCUCAUCCUCAGUCCAGCCAGACCGAGGUCUUCCAGGACAUGCUGCCGAUGCCGGGAGAUCCCACCCAAGGAUCGACCAAUUACAACAUCGAAGACUUCGCCGACCUCGGCAUGUUCCCGCCGUUCUCCGAGUAACCGGACACUCUUAUUCCAUCGUUUCUUUGUUUUGGUUCGGACUGCAGUAUCUUCAUCUCACAUGUGACGCACAUGACGCUGCUGAAACACAUUUCUGCAUUCACACACACACACACACACACACGUUUGACUUGAUCCCUCAUUCACAAAAAACGAGCAAAAUAAAUGCAUUCCCAGUCGGACGCCAUUCUUUCUCAUUCAACCGUCAUGCGAUGAUUAACCGCCGCCGUUAUAACAAAAAAAAACGCAUCGUUUUAAAAAUGCAUUCACAUUAAUGCGAGCAGUAAAAGUGCAAGAUGAUUUAUGCCAGGGCAUAAUUUGCUAAUAAAGCAGCAUCUAUAAUAAGUCUAAUUUACAUAGGAAACAGGCAGAGUAAUGCCUGGUUGGCGGGAAGUGUGAAUAUGACGCAAUUUCGUGUCACAGUACCGUAUGCUAAAGGAACGGUUCACCCGAAGAUGAAAACCGUGUCGUCGUUUACUCAUCUUCAAGCGCUUCCUAACACAGAACGAACACAAAAGGAAGAUAUUUUGAAGAACGUUUGCAACCGGGCCGUUUCGGGUCACCAUCGACCUCCGCGGUGUUUUCGCAAAGUAGAUAUCUUCCGUUGCGUUCGUCAGAAUGAGGACAUUCGCACAGGUUUGGGGAACGCCCCGAGGGAGAGUAAACGACGACACCAUUUUUAUUUUUCCCUUCAUAUUAGGAUUCAUCCCGCAAUCUCGAGUCAAGACGCACACGCAAACAUUACGAAGAGAUUUCUGUUUUUAGCGUGCAGGAGUAUUUCGAAGAUCUUUCGAGAAGCGAAGGAUCGUUUUCUUCACGCGUCGCACCUCAUUUUUUCGUUGCCAAACAGCAUCUUGCUGACUAAAAAAGUCUUUUUUUUUAAGCUUACCGUGCAAAAUGUAGUCUAUGUAGUGAUGUCUAUAACCUAGCUUAACUGAUAAUAAAUGUAGACGGAUUUAAAGACAAAAACAGUAUUUGAUUCGAUUUUCGAUUUUUUUUCAUUUGCGAUUGUUAUUUUUUAACUUUUACUUUUCUUACGAAAAACACUAGGAGCAGUGUCACUUUUGUGAAGUCGUGGACACCAGCGGCGUAAAUAUCAAGCGUUUCGCGGUGUUCCUUGUAAUCUUCGUGGCAGCUGCGAUUCUCACUAUUAACUUUCGGACUAACGACGUGGAAACUCGAUCGCGCCACAACUCCGGACCGAUGGAAAGACCUCGAGGUGAAACCUUUUUGGAAAAAUCAAAUGGAUGUUUAAUGUAAAUAAUGUGAUUUUUACGUCGGACCAUGGUUUAUUUCACAUAUAUAUACUUGUGUAGGUUUAAUAUCAUCGUGUGCAAUGUGAGUGCAUAUUUAACUCUCGGUACUUAGUUAGCCUGUCCAUUGUACAAUGAGUUUAGGACUGUAUAAAUUGUGUAAAUGUGUUCCGUUAUUUUUGUGUAACUUUAUGACGAGAAAUUGUGCUUGUGACAAUAAAUUCUCAUUGAAUAUGUGGAUUUCGAUCAAA